CCAAACCACAUUAAAAAAAUGGAACGCAUAACAAAGUUGGCAUCACAAAAGGCAGUGGUGAUCUUCAGCAAGAGUUCAUGCGGGAUGAGCCAUGCAAUAAAGAGGCUGUUUUACGAGCAGGGUGUGGGCCCUGCAAUCUAUGAACUUGAUGAAGACACAAGAGGGAAGGAAAUGGAAUGGGCUCUCAUGAGACUCGGCUGCAACCCUUCUGUUCCUGCCGUCUUCGUUGGUGGCAAGUUUGUCGGUUCAGCCAACACUGUCAUGACCCUUCACCUCAAUGGCUCACUCAAGAAAAUGCUCAGAGAUGCUGGUGCUCUUUGGCUCUAGAACAUUACGUACCCUCAUACACUCACAUUCUACCCUAAUGCAAACACCUUCUCACAAACGCUCUUUUAAUUGUAUUAUAAUCUCAUAUAACCUCCUGCGGCUUUUUCAACCUUCAUUCUACUCAAUAAUAUCUAGAGACUCUGCUCUUCAAUAUAAUCUUCACUUUAA